CAAAGAAAAUCAAAGGAGCGCGAUUACAGCAUUAAAUCCAGCUAUCUCGUUACCUGCUUCCUUUUCCUGUUCCUUAACUCGGCAGACUCGCUUCUCCUACCUUUUAAUUACUUUUUUUUUACUUUUCCCACAACAUUACAUUCCCCUUUAGCACUCAAACUCAGACAAAAAUUAUUAUUUUUCUUCUUUAAAUCUUGUUUUUUCCCCCCUAAAAGUGAAGAGGCGAAGAGGGUGAAAAAAAUGGGAGUCGACUACUACAACAUUCUGAAAGUCAGCCGUAACGCUACGGAGGAGGACCUGAAGAAGUCCUACAAACGGCUGGCCAUGAAGUGGCACCCGGACAAGAACCCCAUCAACAAGAAAGAAGCGGAGGCGAAAUUCAAGCAGAUUUCUGAAGCCUACGACGUCCUCAGCGACCCGCAGAAGCGGCAGAUCUAUGACCUCUACGGCGAAGAAGGACUCCAGUCGGCUGAAUUAUCGAGUCCCAAUGGGUUUAGUGGCGGUGUCGGUGGUGGUAGGGCCUACAGGUUUAAUCCCAGGAAUGCUGAGGAUGUAUUUGCGGAGUUUUUUGGAGGGUCGGAGAAGAGAUAUAGUGGGGAUGGUGGUGUUGGGAGUCAAGGGAACAAGAAGGCGGAGCCGGUUGAAAGCAAAUUGGUUUGUAGUUUGGAGGAGCUUUAUAAAGGUGGUAGGCGCAAAAUGCGAAUUUCCCGCACCAUGGCUGAUGAAUUUGGUAAGCCGAAGACGGUGGACGAAAUAUUGAAAAUAGAUAUCAAACCUGGCUGGAAAAAGGGCACAAAAAUCACUUUCCCGGAGAAAGGAAACCAUGAACCUGGUUUCAUUCCUUCUGAUCUCAUCUUUGUGAUAGACGAGAAACCGCAUGCUGUUUUCGAGAGGGACAGGAAUGAUCUGAUUGUCAAUCAGAAAAUCUCACUUCUCGAAGCCCUCACCGGGAUUACCUUCAGUUUGACAACCUUGGAUGGAAGGAACCUUGCCAUCCCAGUUACGGAAAUCGUGAAACCAGGUCACGUGGUGGUUAUCCCGAACGAAGGGAUGCCGAUCUCGAAAGAACCUAGCAAGAAAGGACACCUCAAAAUCAAAUUUGAUAUCAUCUUUCCCUCGAGGCUCAAUGCAGAGCAGAAGUCUGAUCUGAAGAGGGCAUUGGGGAGAGCCGAGAAAUAGUGAAACAGACCGAUGCCUGAGACCACAAUCAUCUAUUAACACCGAUCGAUGUCGAUUGUCAAGUUGACGUAAAUAGGUUUAAUUUUGUAUCUCUCGAGUACUAAAUGAUUAAGGAUUGUGCAUAAGUAGGAAAGUAAGUGUAUGAUAGAGAGUGCCUAUCUGCUGCUUUGGUCUAAUUGGAAAAAUUUACACUUGUAUUUAUUUCUAGUUGUGUUGGAAGUUGAAGGAAAGACCUUUCUGUGUUGCUAUAUAUCUUGAAAAUGACUGAUUUUAUAGUAUUUUCUGUGUUUCUGUAA